CGAUCGUCGCUAACUGCUGCAUCAGUUCGCACUUCAAGCUCGUAGACCACGAUCAAUCAGCUCUCUCCUCUCGUCGUCAAAAUGCAUCCCAUCAGUGUCGUUUGCUUCGUCGCUCUAUGCCUUACGGCAGUCAUCUCUUCCGGCAGUGCGUUCCCGCAUGAACUGGACUUGGCCGAUGAUGUCCGUUCGUACGCUAAUUCUCUGCUUGACGAACUUCCGGAGGAAUCCUACCAGGCGGCGGUGGAGAACUACCGCUUGAAGCGUGCCACCUGCGAUCUGCUGAGUGGAUUCGGUGUUGGGGAUAGUGCCUGUGCCGCCCACUGCAUUGCGCGCCGCAAUCGUGGGGGUUAUUGCAACUCGAAGAAGGUUUGCGUUUGCCGAAAUUAAAUUUGUUCGAGUUGGCGGAAGAUUAUUUCCAGAUGAACAUUUCAAAAUGUCCUAUCUGCAUGGAUCGAUUAUCUUCAUAACUCAGCUGUAAAACCAUAAUCGAUUGUGUUUGACGUUUCGUGCACUAGACAUUAGCUGCUUUUAUCAAACUAUGUGGCGAAAAUAGUGAGAAACGUGUUUGCAUAGCCGUGGUUAUUAAAGCCCUUUUGAAAUGUUCAUCUAGAUCGAGGAUAAGUUCCGUUAAAUGUUCCUAUUAUGUAAAUUUGUAUGAUAUUUUCUUAAUAAAAUAAUUGAACAUGU